AUGUCAUCCAGUGGUAUAUAUCUCUCUGAAGCACCUGUUAGGAGAACAGGAGGUAGCGGUAACGCGUUACUAAGAAAAAUCCAAAGAGCAUGUAGGUUGUCGCUGGUUGAGCCCGAUCUAUCAUUAAACCUUGAUGUUGCUGAUUAUAUUAAUGCCAAGCAGGGAGGUGCUCCGAGGGAUGCUGUUCUCACUAUUGUCAAGCUAAUUAACUCCAGAGGUAUCCAUACGGCCGUCUUUGCAUUAAGUUUAUUGGAUGUGUUGGUCAAAAAUUGUGGUUAUCCUAUCCACUUGCAGAUAUCCAGAAAGGAGUUUUUGAAUGAAUUGGUAAAGAGGUUUCCAGAGAAGCCUCCUAUGAGGUAUACAAAAGUUCAAAGAUUGAUUUUAACUGCGAUUGAAGAAUGGUACCAGACAAUAUGCAAGAAUUCAAGUUACAAGGAGGAUAUGAAAUAUAUAAGAGAUAUGCAUAGUUUGUUGAAGUACAAAGGAUACGUAUUUCCCAAAAUUAAUCAAGAAGACUUGGCUGUUUUAAGGCCAAGUGAUCAUUUGAAGACGCCAAGCGAACUUCAAAAAGAACAGGAGAUUGCACAAGCUGCGAAGCUAGAAGAACUCAUUAGGCGUGGCAAACCCGAAGAUUUGAGGGAAGCCAACAAGUUAAUGAAAGUCAUGGCUGGUUACAAAGAGGAUAAUAUUGUUAACGUAACUCAAACUUUAACUGAUGAAUUGACUAAAUUAAAGCGGAAAGCAGACUUAUUCAAUGAGAUGUUAAGUGCUUUGGACACAGCUGAGGUGGAAGAUGGGGCCAUUGUGGAAUUAUAUAGCUCUUUGAAAUCCUCACAGCCUAAAUUUCAAAAGAUCAUUGAAGAAAAGCAGGGAGAUGAAGAGUUUGUCCAGGAUUUAUUGCAAUUUAAUGUUAAAGUGAAUCAGCUGAUUCAGAAGUACCAAUUAUUGAGAACGGGUCAUGCUAGUGACGCUCACAAACUUGAAAUCCCUGUCAGUACAACCAGCCCUGCAGGUUCUACUACAUUGGCCAACGAAAUUAACUUGAUAGAUUUUGAUGACAAUGAUAACGACGAUAUUCAAGGUUCUGGUGGAGGAGAUGGAGGACUUGACGAUCUACUAGGCGAUUUGUUGGGCAUGAAGGUUUCUCCGCCUUCUCAAGGCUAUGGAAUUGGCGGUAGUAUUUCUUUAGGUUCUAGCCAAAUAGCUCAACCUAUAGAAACAGCUAAAAACCACAAUUCUAUUGAUUUAUUGGCGGAGCUUUCUUCGUCCCAUCAUCCUUCCCCACCAACUUCGGAGUCUUUUACACCCUCUCGUGAUGUUGAUCUGUUAGAUGGCUUUAAAUCAUCAACAUCCUCAAGCAAUGGUCGGUUAUUGGUCAAUAGCUCGUCGAACUUAAGUUUGGAGUUUGAAGUUACUAGGGUCAAUUCUUCAGCCAUAAAAAUGUUCUCUUACUUUUCAAGUCGUUCGAUUUUUCCAAUUGAGGAUCUAACAUUUCUGGUGGCCGUUCCAAAAACUUGUAAUCUAAAGUUGUUGCCUCAGUCAGGAAACACCAUUGCUUCUGGAUCUGUUGAUGGCGUUACUCAAGAGGGCCUAAUUGAAAAUGCUCCAGUUGAUGCAUCUAAGCCUUUAAAAAUCAAAUGGAAAUUAACUUAUACUUUGGACGGCAAAUCAAUCGAGGAAAGCUCUGUUUAUACUUUACCUAAAGUUUAG